AUGAAGUCUUCCAUCCUUGCACUGUUCGGCUCCUCCUCUGUUGCCCUCGCGGCGGUGCGCGGAUUCAAUUAUGGCUCCCAGGGCCACAGUCAUGGCUCUUUCACAGAGCAAUUCAAGAUCGCUGCGAAUCUAGAGGGCGCAAACGAUUACACGAGUGCUCGUUUAUACACCAUGAUUCAAGAGGGGACCACAAAUACCCCCAUUGAGGCGAUUCAGGCCGCCAUCGACACUAAAACGACGCUUCUAUUGGGACUGUGGGCCUCGAUUGACGAAGCAGCAUUCCAACAGGAAAUCACAGCACUUCAAACCUCUAUUCAGCAAUAUGGCUCGGCAUUUGCAGACCUGGUGGUCGGUAUUUCUGUCGGAAGUGAGGAUUUGUAUCGAAUUUCGCCCAUUGGUAUCGCAGCGGACAGCGGCUAUGGACAGAGUCCCGACGUCUUGGUCAAAUAUAUCGAUCAAGUCCGUACCGCUAUCCAAGGUACAAGCCUCGCGAGUAAGCCUAUCGGCCAUGUCGACACAUGGAACGUCUAUGUCAACUCCUCGAAUGCGGCCGUGAUCGCUGCCUGCGAUUGGAUUGGCUUGGAUGAAUAUCCUUACUACCAAACAACCGACGAGAACGAGAUUGGUAACGCAAAGACGCUAUUCUUUGAAGCAUAUGACAAAGUUGGGGCGGUCGCUGACGGAAAGCCCAUCUGGAUCACCGAGGCAGGCUGGCCUGUGUCUGGUCCAACGUCGAACCUUGCCACGGCAAGCGUAAACAAUGCUGAGAUUUUCUGGCAAGAAGUUGCAUGCGAGUUGGAACGCCGGGAAGUCAACACUUGGUGGUACAUCCUUGACGAUAGUGGUGCAUCUCCAUCAUUUGGUGUCAGUGAGAACGGCAAGCCACUUUAUAACCUCGACUGCAGCCAGAGUGCCAGCAACACGACAUCAUCAUCCAGCGUGACUUCUGCGCAUUCAACCUCAGCUGGACCAACCGCAUCCAGCGGCUCCAGUGUGGUGCCGACUGGCAUCACCACAGCGAGUGGAAGCGCCUCAUCCAUGGCCACUUCCGAUGCCACACCGAACCCGACCGGAGCCAGCGCCACUACCUUGCGCACGGGGACAUCAACCUCUGGCCAAAGCAGCUCGACCACAUCGGCUGAGGGAAGUGCCUUUACCAACGGAGUCGCUCCAAAUAACCAACAAUCUAUGGCGGGAAUUGCUAUUGGCGCUGUCCUAGCAGCACUGGUGCUGUGA